AUGUUGAGGAGACAGUUGAGGAGGGUGUUGUUGUUGAGACGGUUUGGGUUGCAGUUUAUUGAGGAUCGGGUGGGGAUUUUUGAUAUUCCGGGGUUGGAGAUUGAUACGGAGGUGGAUGGGUUGAUGGUGGUGAGGGGGGUGACGUUGCGGGUGAGUGCGAUGAGUUUGGUGGUGCAUGGGGUGGAGGUGGGGUUGAAGAUGGUGGUAGGGGAGGGGGAGGAGGUGGAGGAAAUCGAAAUCGGGAUUGCGUGUGAGGAGGUCGUGGUGAGGUUGGGGAGGGGGAUUGAAGUGGGAGAUUGCUUUGUAAGUGUGAAGGGUGGGGAGGGAGAGUCGAGUUUUAAAGAUGCGGAAGAUGGGACUGCACGGAAGAACAAUGAUGAGAAAAGAGAGAAUGAGGUGUGGGAGGUGGAUUCGAAAAUGUUGAGAGCUGUUAAGGGGAACGAGGUGGAAUUUGAGGACGGGAUUGGGAAUAUCAACAUCAAUCAAAACGAGGAUAGAACGGUAAAAGCUGACAUGGUCGAUGGACAUGCACCAAUAGAUACAGAUGUAAAAGAGGGCAUCAAGGUCAUCAGAACCAUCACUCCAGACGACACCGAAGCAGCCAAUGAACAAUACAUCAAAACCAUCCAGAUGAUCCGUUCCACAAACAGCAUUGAAAUCUGCCGUCAAGAAAUCCAGCACCUCGUGCAAUCCAAGUCCGAACAAAACCCCCACAGCACCCACCCCCGCGAAACCGUCAACGAAAACAGCAACAACGAUAUCCGCGCAGCAAUCUGUUCCCAACUGCACCACCAUCCAUCCAUCACACACCCACCAUCCCGCUCCAUCAAAGUCACCACGCUCCAAACCCUAGCACCACCCCACAUCCGCGCCUUUCUGCAUCGACUCCCCAUGCUCCUCCGGCUGCUCCUCAACCCACUCGCGCACUUCCACCCCGUGAAAAUCUCCUCCCUGACAGCCACCGGAUCCGGAAAAUGGAUCCAAGAAAUCCUCUCCGCGAAACUCUUCAAAAACACCCCGAUUUACACCCCCCCCUCCUCCCCCACCUCCCCCAUCUUCUCAUCCGCACCCUUCGCAUCUCGCAAAUCAUCCAAUCCCGACCCCACCACCGACGACGACGACGAAUCCACCAUCCCCAAAAUCCAACAACGAAUCAACGAGUGGCUCUUACCCGCCAACUUCGUGCUUCAACUGGGUUCGAUCACUGCUCUUGCACAAGUCCCCUUCCUUUCCACAUACGAUAUCCACUGUGCGCUAUCCACCAGCAACAUACAAGUCUAUCGUACUCUCCCCUCCACCAUUGCAUUGAAACAAGUUGUGCGCCUCGGGGGCGCGGACGCCACAUUUGCGAUUCCGAGUUUUUUGCUGCCGCAUCAUGAUCACAUAUUACCUGUUCAAGCCGGCUCAUGUAAAACAAAAAGUAGAGGGGAAGUAAAGGGAGAUGGGGAAGAAGACGAAUCUACCCAAGAAAAAGGAGAUGAUGGAACAAAAAAGGAUGAGUGCGAAGUUCGCAUAGCAGCACAUGCACAAUUACCCAUAGUGAUGGAUCAGGAGCUUUUAGAUUGGCUGGCCAGCGUUGUGAAGGCGAGUAAGGUGGUAGAAGUGGAGAAGGAGAAACGAUGGAUGGAUGAGGAGAUCCACGGGUUUAGAGAUUUGGUGGGAAUUGUGAAGGGAGGAGUGAAAGAUGCUCAUAAAGGAAUGAAGAAGACGCUUGUCAGUGCCACGGUUAACGAUAGAUGGAUUGCCAAAAUGGUAGGGAAGAUGACUAAGAAAUUGGAAGAGGCGAAGGGAGAUAUCGGCUAUGCGGGUGAUAUCAAGGUGCCUCUGGGACCUUAUAGAUUAAGGGAGGAGGCGAGAGAGAGAGGAGAAGGAGAUAAGAUAUUGCCUUGA